AUGUUGCUUUCCACAGCCACAGCUCCAGAGCAGGCCCCGGCCCCGCCUCGGCCCUACCAGGGAGUCCGCGUGAAGGAGCCGGUGAAGGAACUACUGAGGAGGAAGCGUGGUCAUGCCAGCAGCGGGGCAGCUGUCACGCCUACUGCGGUGGUGCUGCCCCAUCAGCCCCUGGCGACCUACACCACAGUGGGUCCUUCCUGCCUUGACAUGGAGGUGUCUGCUUCCACAGUGACGGAGGAGGGGGCCCUAUGUGCCGGCUGGCUCUCCCAACCUGCCCCGGCCACCCUUCAGCCCCUGGCACCCUGGACACCCUACACAGAGUAUGUGUCGCAUGAAGCUGUCAGCUGCCCUUACUCGGCUGACAUGUACGUGCAGCCCGUGUGCCCCAGUUACACGGUCGUGGGGCCCUCGUCGGUGCUGACCUACGCCUCUCCGCCACUCAUCACUAACGUCACGACCAGAAGUGCUGCCACACCCACGGGAGGCCCCCAGCUGGAGGCCCCAGAGCACCAGGCGCCCCUCACCUAUUUCCCGUGGCCUCAGCCCCUUUCCACGCUGCCCACCUCCACCCUACAGUACCAGCCUCCGGCCCCAGCCUUGCCUGGCCCCCAGUUUGUCCAGCUCCCCAUCUCCAUCCCAGAGCCAGUCCUUCAGGACAUGGAAGACCCUAGGAGAGCCAUGAAUUCCCUGGCCAUCGACAAGCUUCUUUUGGAAGAAGAGGAUAACGACAGCUAUGCGCUCAACCACACACUCUCUGUGGAAGGCUUCUAGGGCUGGCUCCUGCCUGGGAGUCCUAUUCCCUAUACUGAGGAUUUACAAGGAUUGAGCCCCAGACUCAUAUCUGUUUGGAGUAAUCAUGUCAUAACUACACUUGCUGUCUAAAACUAGAACUGUAGAUCUUCCCUCCUGCC